ACGCCAUGACCUUCACCUUCACAGCCCUGCUCUGUGUGGGACUGACUCUGGGCAUAGGGACCCAAGUGCUGGCAGGGACUCUCCCUAAACCUAUCCUCAGAAUACAGCCAGACUCUGUUGUAUCUGAGAAGGCUACAGUGACCAUCGUGUGUGAGGGAACAACAGGAGCCAAAGUGUACAGUCUGUAUAAAGAUGGAUAUAAAUAUUUAAGUCCCAUAGAGAUUCCACAGAAUUCUAUUGACAAGGCUGAAUUCACCAUCUCAAACAUAGAAUAUCACCAUGCAGGACGAUAUAGUUGCCAGUAUCAGACACGUGAUGGAUGGUCAGGACACAGUGAACCCCUGGAGCUGGUGGUGACAGGAGUCUACAGGAAACCCAGUCUGUCAGCCCUGCCCAGUCCUGCAGUGAAUGAAGGAGGGAAGGUCACCCUCCAAUGUGCCUCAAAGGAGCAAUAUGACAGGUUUGUUCUGAUUAAGAAAGGACAAAAGAAGCUUUCCAGGAUGCGGAACUCACAGUAUAAAAACUCUACUAGGCAGUUUCAGGCCCUGUUCUCUGUGGGCCCUGUGACCUCCAGUCAAAGGUGGACAUUCAGAUGCUACAGCUUUAACAAGAACAGCCCACUGGUGUGGUCAGAACCUAGUGACCCCCUGGAGCUCCUGUUUUCAGGGACCCUCCACAAACCCACCAUCAAGGCUGAGCCAGGCUCUGUGAUUGCAAUUGGAAGUACAGUGACUAUCUCUUGUCAGGGGACCAUGGAUACAGAAAUAUAUAUUCUGCAUAAAGAAGGAAGUCAGAAACCAUGGGGUACACAGACCCCAGAGGAAACUGAGAACAAUGCCAAGUUCUCCAUCCCUUUUGUAACAAGGCAACAUGUGGGGCAAUAUCGCUGUUACUGCUACAGUUUGGGUGGUUGGUCAGAGCGCAGUGACACCCUGGAACUGGUCGUGACAGGAAUCCACAAGGGUAAACCCAGGCUGUCAGCACUGCCCAGGCCUAUGGCGACUUCAGGAAGGAACAUCACUCUCCAAUGUAUUUCAUGGGAGAGAUAUGACAAGCUCAUUCUCACCAAGGAAGAUCAGAAAUUCCUCAGCUCCAUGAACUCACAGUACAUACACAGUAUUAGGCAGUACCAAGCCUAUUUCUCUAUAGAUCAUAUAACUCCAGAUCAUAAAGGGACAUUCCGAUGUUAUGGUUACUACAAACAAGCUCCACAGAUGUGGUCAGUACCAAGUGACCCCCUGGAAAUACACAUCUCUGGCCUGUCCAAGAAGCCCUCUCUGCUGACUCACCAAGGCCAUAUCCAGGACCCUGGAAAAAACCUCACCCUGCAGUGUUUGUCUGACAUCAACUAUGAUAGAUUUGCUCUGUACAAGGCAGGGGAAGAUAACCCCAUACAGCACUAUGUCUGGUGGAGCCAGGCUGACCUCUCCUUGGCAAACUUCUCACUGGGAUCUGUCAGCACCUCUACUGGAGGCCAAUACAGAUGCUAUGGUGCACACAACCUCUCCUCUGAGUGGUCAGCCUCCAGUGAUCCCCUGGAUAUCCUGAUCGCAGGACAACUAUUUUUCACUCCUUCCCUCUCAGUGAAGCCUAAUUCAACAGUAUACUCAGGAGACAAUGUGACCCUACUCUGUCAGUCAACAUACAAGGUGGACACUUUCAUUCUGUCGAAGGAUGGAGCAGCCCACUCAACCAAGAGACUAAAAUCAAAGUUCCAAAUGUGGAUGUUUCAAGCAGAAUUCAACAUGAGUGCUGUGUCCUCAAUGCUCUCAGGCACAUACAGGUGCUAUGGUUCUUGGGACUCAUCUGUCUACCUGUUGUCAAACUCCAGUGCCCCCGUGGAGCUCACUGUCUCAGGAUCCAUUCGACCCUCCAACCUUCCACCCUCAAGGCCCAAGCCAACAGCUGACACAGAAAACCAGGAUCAUACAGUGGAGAAUGUCAUCAGGAUGGGGUUUUCUGUCAUGAUCCUCAUAGUCCUUGGGUUUCUGGUCUUUAAGGCUUGGGGCAACCAGAGACAGAGUCAACAUGCUGCUGAGAUGUAA